AUGGAAAACAAUAGAUUAUAGGAACUAUGGACAUCAUAUAUAUAGAUGGAAAGAAGACUAAAACGAUUUAAGUUAGGAAAAAAAAAGGAGACAGAGAUCCAGAGGGAUUAUUCUUAAUACCUUGAGCCUGAAGGAAUAUCUUUGCUUUAAUCAAGGCUAUUCACUUAAUAUCAAGAGGAAGGAGAUAUUGAAUAAUCAUUUCGGUAAGAUUAUGAAUAAUUGUGCUAAUUUUACUAAUCAACAAAAUUAUUAUAGGUUAAGUUCAAUGAAGUAGCAACAAAAUUAAGAACAAAAUUAGAUGGUAAUCCUAUAAUAAAUAGUACCUAAUGUAACGUAGAAUUAAAAAGUAAAAAAAUUGGAAAAUCUACCUUAUAGAAUUCCCAUUUCUGUAAAUUUAGAUUGCUUAUGAAAAAUAAUAAAAGGAAGUAGGCAUAAAUACUAAUGGAGAAACUUGCUUGGCUUUCAAAUUAAAUUCUUUCUUUUUAAAAAAAAUUUGUAGAAUUAAAUUUUGAAAAACAAAAAUCAAUAGAAAUAAAAAUAUUUAUAAACACUGAUCUUAUAUUAAAUAUUACUAAUGAAGAUGGUCAAAUAAAUGAUAAAAUCGUUGUAAAAAUGGAGAAUUUAGAUUCUAAAAUAGAAGAAACAAAGAAUUUGAAUGAUUCAUGCUUGUAUAAAAAUGAGUAAAUUGUUAUGAAUUAAAGAAAAUCCAAAACAGACUUUAAUGAUGAUUCAGAACUAAAGCCUCAAUUACUCAAUAGGUCAAAAAAAAUAAGUUUUAAGGAAUUAGUAUAAAAAAUUAAUAUAGAAAAUAAACAAAAUGAGAAAAAAUAGUCAAAUAGACAAAAAUUAGGGUAAGAAAUAACAAACCCAGAGUAAAAAUAAAAUAACUACAUAUAAAUAAAAUAGGAAGAGGUCAUUAAAUAUGAUCAUACUAUACAAAAUGAAGAGCAUUAAGAAAGGAAUAUUUAAAUAAUAUAAAAAAUUUAGUCAUCUUAUCGUUAAAAUCAAUAGGAAGUGUAAGAUCCUGAUAAAAAACAACAAAUCACAAAUAAAACUUCAGAUAUUGAAAAUGCUAGUAUGGAUUUUCGUAACACUCGAAAAGAAAACAAUCUAGCAGUAAUAAAUAUAGGCUCUCAAGAUAAUAUGUUUGAAGAGCAAGAAAGUUGUCAAAUUAUCUUUGUAAAUCAACCAAAUUAAUAAGAAAAUCAGAACGGAAUCAAAUUUGAAAAAAUUGACUAAGUGAUAAAUAAUCAAAACCAAUAAAAUGUUGUAGAAAAAUUUGGGCUACUAAAAAACGAAGAAAUUUCAAAUAAGCAGGAUGCUGAUGAGUAUUUUACUUUUUAGAAAAUUCAAUAAUUUUACAAAGAACACCAUUAAAGCAUCUUAAAAGAGAGAUAUAAAAUUAAAAAAAAAUAAAGAUAAUUAGAAUGGAAAUAAUAUAAAAAUUUAAGAAAACAAAAAUUAAUAGAUUUAAAUCAAUAAAGGGUCUAAGAAAGAAAAAGAUAAAGAUAAAUAGAAAGAAAUAUAAAAUUAGAAAGAGCAAUAUAAAUGGAAUUAGAAAAGAAGAGAGCAAGGCAAAAAAAGAAAGAUAGAAUGAAAUAAUAAAAAUUAGAAAAUAAAAUAGCAAAAGAGUAAUUAAAAUAAAAGCAAAUCUAAUUUUGUAAAAAGCAUAAUAAAAAACAAAAAAAUAAAUAGAAAAAUAGAUCUUUCAGUUCAUAAUCACGCAUAGAUUAAUUUUAAAAUAGUCCUUCACAACCCAGUGAAGAAAGAAGUUAAGACAAUAAUUAUAAAUAGGAAGAAUAAUAUUUAGAUCAUCAACAACAAUAAUCAAAGCAAAAUAUAGUAGAAGAUAAAUGUUAAUCAGAAUAAUAAUAAUAAAUAGAGGAAACCCAUUUAAAUCUUUAGUAAUAUCACCCUUAAUAUGGUUAAUAUUAUCGAAAUAAUAUUUUAGAUUAUAGUUAAUAAGAUUAGCUUAUUUCAUAAUAUUAAUUCCCUUUUGCUUAACAAUUGUAUUCUUCUUUCAUAGUAAAUCCUUACUAUUAAUAUUAAUAUUAAUAUUAAAAUAUGCCAUUAAAUUUGAUUGAAUAGUAAUCUAUCCAUUAAAAAAGUAAUGGAUAACAAAGUAUAAAUACAGCUCAGUUCCAAUUUGAAAUGUUUAAUUUGAUGAAAAUGGGUUUAGAACAUCUGAAUCCUACUUAAUAUUUUUAAUUCUCACCUUUGACUUUUUUACCUCCAGAGAGCUCAAAGGGAGGAUAUAAGAUAGAAUGA